AACCUAAUUCCCCAAUUCUGCCCGGUGCAGUUGUUUGAAAUUCGGCAACGUGAACAUUUCACAUUCUGGCGAAAAUAUAGGUGCACAAAGUUGGGCUUACAGCAUCAAAAUUCGUUGGAAUACGGUUGGAAACAGUCAUAAGAUAAUGUCACGAGAUGUUAUGAAUUUGUAAACUGUGUUUGUUCAUAAAUUAGUGAUAAAAUCAAAGUAAUUUAUGGUCAACAUUCCAGUCAGCAACGUUCUUUACUGAAGGAAGGUCGCAGAGAGUUCUAAAAUUAAUUUAAAACAUAUAACGGGACACUAUGAGUACAACGGCUGAAAAAUUGAAAAUUGUGGGUGUUGAUGUGCAAGACAUAAGAUUUCCCACCUCUCUAUAUGCCCAUGGAUCGGAUGCUAUGCACACUGAUCCAGAUUACUCAGCAGUGUACGUAACCGUCAAACUCAGAAAUGGUAUGGAAGGUAAUGGUAUGACCUUCACCUUAGGACGUGGUAAUGAGAUAGUUUUGGCAGCUGUUGAGUCGUUGAAAGACAUUGUGCUAGGACAAGUAGUAACAGACAUUUAUAAAGACUUUGGCAACUUCUGGAGAACUCUGACUAGUGACAGCCAACUCAGAUGGGUAGGUCCUGAAAAAGGAGUAAUCCAUCUUGCUACCGCUGCUAUAGUGAAUGGGCUAUGGGACCUUUGGGCCAAACUGCUCAAAAAACCUCUUUGGAGACUGUUGGCAGACUUGGAACCAGAACAGUUGGUAUCAUGCAUAGACUUCAGGUAUCUAUCGAACGUUCUGACCAAAAACGAGGCCAUAGAACUUCUGAAAAGGGGUAGAGAGGGUAUGGAAUCCAGAAUAGAGGAUUUGGAAGCAAAUGGAUAUCCGGCAUAUACAACACAAGCAGGUUGGAUAGGCUUCACAGACCAGCAGAUGAACGAAGCUGCAAACAAAUACCUAGAUUUAGGAUUCACAGCGUUCAAAGUGAAGGUUGGAAGAAACUUAUAUGAAGACGUCAAACGCUUAGAGAAAAUAAGAGCCCUCAUUGGUUGGGAUAAGACAUUGAUGGUGGAUGCCAAUCAAAUUUGGGAGGUGCAAGAGGCGAUAGACUGGAUGACCCAACUAGCAGUCUACAAGCCUCUUUGGAUAGAAGAGCCCACUUCUCCUGAUGAUGUGUUAGGCCAUGCAGCCAUAGCUACAGCUCUUAAACCGCUAGGCAUAGCUGUAGCAACAGGGGAGAUGUGUUGUAAUAGGGUUCUCUUCAAGCAGUUCCUCCAAACUGGAGCCAUGGAGUUUUGCCAGAUUGAUUCUGCCAGAAUUGGAGGUGUCAACGAGAUUCUUUCUGUUUACCUUAUGGCCCGCAAGAUGAAUGUCAAGGUUUGCCCUCACGCCGGUGGUGUAGGUCUUUGUGAAAUGGUGCAACACCUCCAAAUGUGGGACUACGUAGCACUUUCAGGCGAUAAAGAAGGAAGGAUGAUAGAAUACGUAGAUGAACAUCACGAACAUUUCGAGGACCCAUUGGUCAUCAGAAACGCCUGUUAUAUGCCUCCAAAAGUUCCCGGAUACAGUUCGACAUUGAAGCAAGAAGCAGUUCUGAAAUACAGUUACCCCAAUGGAACAGAAUGGUUAGAGAUGUUCCAGAAGGGACUGUUUCCAAAAGCGAAGAAGUGAUUGAUUGAAUAAAAGACUAGAUUACACUAGAAUUAUAUAUUUACAAAUUGAAAAGGCACUUAUGAGGAUUAAAAUAAGUUAAAUGAUGUAAAAAUUAUUUAUAAAAAUAGGAAUAAAGUUUUUUCUUAUUC